AUGUCUUCAAUGGAAUUACUCGUUACUCUGCUCCUUCUUGCCUCUCCCGUGGCUUUGGCCAAGUCUUCUCCCUCCCUUCCUGCCAUCUUUACCUUUGGCGACUCCAUUUUCGACGCAGGAAACAAUCAUUUCAACAAAAACUGCACUGCUCAAGCUGAUUUUCCUCCUUAUGGCUCUUCCUUCUUCCACCAACCUACCGAAAGGUUUACCAAUGGAAGAACCGUAGCUGACUUCAUAUCACAAUUUAUAGGUCUUCCAUUACAGAAACCAUUCUUGGAACUGCAUAUCCAAAUCUUGAACGGAACUUUAAAACGAUUCCCUUCUAAUGGCAUUAACUUCGCCAGUGCCGGUAGUGGAUUCUUGCUUGAUACCAACAAAGACAUGAGAGUGACACCGAUCCAAACGCAACUUCAGCAAUUCCAAACACUUGUAGAGCAGAACAAAAUAGAAAAAUCUAUAAUCCAAGAAUCUCUCUUCUUAUUAGAGUCUGGUUCCAACGACAUCUUUAAUUACUUUCUUCCAUUCCAAACCACUACACUCUCUCCAGACGACUAUGUAGACUCAAUGUUAACCCAAGUUAACAAAACCAUUGAUCAAAUCUACAAACUAGGAGCUCGUCGCAUCGCCAUCUUCUCUUUAGGUCCAGUAGGAUGUGUCCCUGCAAGAGCCUUGCUUCCUAAUGCCCCAACCAAUAAAUGCUUUGGCAAGAUGAAUGUUAUGGCCAAGAAGUAUAACAGAAGACUUGAAGAUAUAGUGAACAUAAUCCCCACUAAGUACCCUGGAUCCAUUGCAGUGUUUGGAGCUGUGUAUGCUAUCACUCACAGAUUCCAAACCUACCCCGCUCGUUACGGGUUUUCGGAUGUGUCGAACGCGUGUUGUGGGGGCGGGACACUGGGAGGGUUGAAGCAGUGUGGAAGAGAAGGAUACAAGAUUUGUAAUAACCCCAACGAGUUUAUGUUUUGGGAUUUUUAUCAUCCGACAGAACGUACUUACCAUCUCAUGUCAAAAGCUUUGUGGAAUGGAAACAUAAACAAGAUCAGACCGUUCAAUCUCAUGGCUCUUGCCACCAACUUCACAUUUUAA